AUGGCUUUGUAUCAAUUAUAUAAAGAAUAUUGUAAUAAUAAUAUCAAAACAAUAAUUCCAAAGAAUGAAGCUUACAAGCGUUUAGAAGAAAUUGGUAUAAACUCUCAAAAAGGAAGACAAAAUAAUGUUGUAUAUCAAUAUAGCAAAGAACAAUUAUUGUCAAUUUAUAAAAGCAAAAGUUUAUAA